CUGACUGACUCAUCUUGUUUUUCUAACCAAAGGGCAAAUUUUAAAGGACAGAUAAUCGGUAGAUUCAACUGCAGUCACAAAACAAAUAGAAAUACAACGAUACAGUGACUAGGAAACAGAGAACCAGUCCAAGGAAACAUGGGAAGAUGGGAAACAGCAGCGGAAACAGUCCUGGCCAUUAGUUAGUUCCUGCGGCCAUGGCCGCACGCUGUGUGGUCAGAUCGUCUAUAGUCUGUCCCCCCAGGUGUAACGACCUGUAAACUUUAAAAACAAGCCACACAAAACAAACAAGAUGGGCGAGAAGAAGCCAGAGCCUCUGGACUUCGUGAAGGAUUUCCAGGAGUACCUGACCCAGCAGACCCACCACGUGAACAUGAUCUCGGGGUCAGUGAGCGGGGACAAGGAGGCAGAGGCUCUUCAGGGAGCUGGGACAGAUGGCGAUCAAAAUGGACUUGACCACCCAUCUGUUGAAGUUUCCCUGGAUGAAAACUCAGGAAUGUUAGUAGACGGCUUCGAAAGGACCUUCGAUGGGAAGCUCAAGUGUCGUUAUUGCAACUAUGCCAGCAAAGGGACAGCCCGGCUUAUCGAGCACAUCAGAAUCCACACAGGUGAAAAACCUCAUAGAUGUCACUUAUGUCCAUUUGCCUCUGCUUACGAGCGUCACCUGGAAGCCCAUAUGCGUUCCCAUACAGGAGAAAAACCAUAUAAAUGUGAAUUGUGUUCCUUCCGCUGCAGCGAUCGAAGCAACCUGUCCCAUCAUCGACGGCGCAAGCAUAAGAUGGUGCCAAUCAAAGGUGCGAGGUCUUCCUUAAGCAGCAAGAAAAUGUGGGGCGUUUUACAGAAGAAAACCAGCAACCUGGGCUAUAGCAGAAGAGCAUUAAUCAACUUAAGUCCGCCUUCCAUGGUGGUUCAGAAGCCAGACUACCUUAACGAUUUCACCCAUGAAAUCCCCAACAUCCAGACGGACUCCUAUGAAAGUAUGGCGAAAAGCACCUCAACUGGGGGCCUACCCAGGGACCCCCAAGAACUCCUGGUCGACAACCCUCUCAAUCAGCUCUCCACUCUCGCAGGGCAGUUGUCCAGCCUGCCCCCUGAAAACCAGAACCCCGCGUCCCCCGACGUCGUGCCCUGCCCGGACGAGAAGCCUUUCCUGCUGCAGCAGCCCUCGGCCCAGGCAGUGGUUUCUGCCGUGGCCGCAAGUAUUCCUCGGAGCGCCCCCCCCCCCACCAGCCCGGAGCCCCGGCCGCCCCAGAGCCAGAGGAACUGUCCCGUGGCAGAUCCAAGCAGCGAACCCAGUGCCUACACGAGCACCCUGAGCAUAGGAAACAGCCAGCCGAGCACGCCCGCUCCGACCCUGCCGGCCCAGGACCCGCAGCUCCUGCACCACUGCCAGCACUGUGACAUGUACUUUGCCGACAACAUCCUCUACACCAUUCACAUGGGAUGUCACGGGUAUGAGAACCCUUUCCAGUGCAACAUCUGCGGAUGCAAAUGUAAAAACAAGUACGACUUCGCCUGUCACUUUGCAAGAGGGCAGCAUAACCAGCACUGACCGGAGCAGUCACAUUGCUCUGUCCUUGGUUUUGACUUUGUGCAUUUUUUAGUUUUGUGUAUUGUUGGUUUUUGUUGGUAGGGGGAGGACCCAUCCCUAAUAUGCUAAUUUAAAGUUUAUACAUUAUAUUUAUAGAAAAAAAAGUUGACAAUAGAAACAAAUGUUUCCCCCCUUUUUUUUUUUCCAUAAAAGUUUGGUCAGGGUCAUUUAUAUAUUAGAACAAUUAGACACAUUGGUGUCUGUUUUUUCCUUUUAUUUAGACUUUGAUGAUUGAAGUGCAAUCUUAAUCUUACAGGUAUUCAUUUAAACUCCCACAGUUAAGGUCCAUGUAGACUUCAAAGCUUGGUCCUAGUGGUGUUUCACUAUAUACGCAGCUAGAUGUCAUCUCUGCCAUAUUUAAAAAUGGUAGAAUAAAUCACUUUCUCACAAACUUUGUUACAACUUAUUUCCAUGUUUAGCAGAGGAAUUGCCUUUAAAAUUGCUCUUUAGAUAGUUGAAAUACUAUCUAGUUCACUUAGUUUAAGUUGAAUUGAUAGUUUCAACUGAUAGAAGUAAAGCUAUUUCAGUAUAUAGUAAACCUUUUUCUUUUUUUCCAUAAGGGGGGAUGUAAAACAGUUAAUUCUUUUAAAAUUAAAGCUAUAAAAAUUUGAGAGGAAUGUCCUGAAAUGAAAUAAAACAAGGCUUUACAUUGAAAAUGGAGUUUAAUAUUUGAAAACCUGUUUAUUCAGUCUCGUUUAAAAAUGCAUCAAUUUGCCAUUGGAUUCAUUUUAUUAUACUUGUAGUUUAUUUUAAAAACCACAAGUGAAUACAUGAGAAUGCUGGAAAUGUCAGGUGAUUACCUAUGAAGAUGCCUUUUUUGUUCUUUUAGUUUGAACCUUGUAUUUAAACGCUUUAUUCUGACGUCAUUACUGUCAGGUGAGCUUGACAAGGACAUUGAGUGUCUGUUCUCCCUCCUGUUCCUUUGAUGACCAAAGAGGUAAGUGACAGUCCCAUCUGGUUCCCGGAGACAGUCCUUCACGAAAUUCCGCUUCCUGUUUCCUGCCUCCGGCCUUGCACCCAUUUGUUGUCCAUAAUUUCUCAGAUGUGUGUAUAGGAACACAUGGGAAAUGGGAUGAAGUAUAUUUUUAAAAAUGAAACACAUCCAAAACGAAUUCUUCUCUUCAGAAUUGGCCCCUUAGAACACUUAGUGUGACUUCAAGUUGUGAUGCUCGUUGCCGUUGCACCAGUCUUUCCUUCGCGGCGACAGAGCCAUGGAAGCUGACUGCCUCGACACCUAGUGGGAAAGGACUUACCAUGUGAAAGUAGAUACCAGAUGCAUACAGACAGAUUUAACUUGUUUACAGAAAUAAGACGUGCUAAUUAAUCUAGAGGAAUUUUGAAUAGGAGGCUGUUGUUGACAUAUUGUGUAAUAACUCGCUUACCCUGAAGAGCGCUUGGUCAAACAAUAAACUUACUGUUUCUAACUGUU